UCUAUCUCUUCGUCCCUGUUCUCCUGCUCUACGCGCCUGUAUCUUGUAUACGACCACCACGAUGGGAGUGGAUAACCCGUACACCAACGCCCCUCCGAUUGGCGCAAAUCCUCUUCAUGGCUUCCUCCCUAGGAAGGUCACCGCAGAGCAGGUCAUCAGAGCCAUGGAGAGCGAUGUGAAUCCGUUCAACAAGCAGCCCCACAAGCCCCAAUACAAGAAGAUCCUCGAGGGUCGCAAAAAGCUUCCUGUCUUUGGCCAGAUGGCCGAGUUCUUGAAAAUUUUUACCGAAAACCAGAUUAUCGUUAUGGUCGGUGAGACUGGUUCGGGAAAGACGACACAGAUCCCGCAGUUUGUCUGCUACUCGGACCUUCCACACACGAAGGGUCAAAUGGUCGCAUGUACACAACCAAGACGUGUCGCUGCAAUGUCCGUCGCUAAGCGCGUUGCAGACGAGAUGGAUGUGUCGCUUGGGAAGGAAGUCGGCUACUCAAUACGUUUCGAGGACAUGACCGAGCCUGGAACGACCUUCCUGAAAUACAUGACCGACGGUAUGCUUCUCCGAGAAGCAAUGAACGAUCCUGACCUCAAGCGAUACUCGACUAUCAUCCUCGAUGAGGCCCACGAGCGUACAUUGGCCACAGAUAUUCUCAUGGGUUUGUUGAAGGACCUCGCAAGACGUCGGUCGGACUUGAAGCUUGUGGUCAUGUCGGCCACUCUCGACGCGCAGAAAUUCCAGAAGUACUUCAGCAUUGCCGGACCUAGCAAACCCGCGCCACUGUUCAAGGUUCCUGGUCGCACACAUCCAGUUGAGGUCUUCUACACGCAGGAGCCCGAACCGGACUAUGUGGAGGCCGCUAUACGCACAGUUCUCAUGAUCCAUCGUGCGGAAGAACCUGGCGAUAUCCUGCUUUUCUUAACAGGUGAAGAGGAGAUUGAGGACGCAUGUCGUAAAAUCAAACUCGAAGCGGACGAUCUCGUCAACCAAGAUCCGGAGAGCGUCGGCCCACUCGUCUGCGUCCCCCUCUACUCCUCCCUCCCCCCACAACAGCAGCAACGCAUCUUUGACCCCGCACCCCCACCCCGUGUAUCCAACGGUCCGCCUGGUCGGAAGGUCGUCGUGUCGACGAACAUCGCUGAGACGUCGCUCACGAUCGACGGUAUCGUCUAUGUUGUUGACCCUGGUUUCUCCAAACAAAAAGUGUACAACCCGCGUAUUCGCGUCGAAUCUUUGCUCGUAUCUCCUAUCUCCAAAGCUUCUGCACAGCAGCGUGCGGGACGCGCUGGUCGUACACGACCGGGCAAGUGUUUCCGGCUGUAUACGGAGAAGGACUUCAUGACCGAGCUCGAGGAGCAGACGCACCCCGAGAUCCUCCGGAGCAACCUCGCGAACGCCGUGCUCGAGCUGGCGAAGCUGGGUGUCAAGGAUUUGGUGCACUUCGACUACGUGGACGCGCCAGCCCCGGAGACGCUCAUGCGUGCCCUGGAGCUGCUCAAUUAUCUCGCUGCGCUAGAUGACGAAGGGAACCUGACACCCCUCGGCGCGAUUAUGGCGGACUUUCCUCUCGACCCUCAGAUGGCAAAGAUGCUGAUUGUCAGCCCCGAGUUCAACUGCAGUAACGAGAUUCUGACCAUCGUGGCCAUGCUUUCCGUGCCUAAUGUCUGGCUUCGGCCACCAAAUCAGCGGAAAGAAGCAGAUGCUGCUAAGGCGCUUCUCACGAUUCCGGAUGGAGACCAUCUGACGCUGAUGAACGUGUACAAUUCGUACAUGAACAACAAGCACGAUAGGAAUUGGUGCUGGAACAACUACCUGUCGGGGCGGGCGCUGCAGCAGGCGGAGAACGUCCGCUCUCAGUUGCAGCGGACGAUGGAGCGGUAUGAGGUCGAACUCGUCACAACGCAGGACGAGCGGAAGCUGUGGCAAAGCAUCAGGAAGGCGCUCGUGUGCGGGUUCUUCAUGCAGGUCGCGCACAAGGAAGGCGAGAAGGGUGGGUACCUGACGGUUAAGGACAACCAGGUCGUGUCGCUGCACCCGAGCUGCGGCCUGGACUCGUCACCGGAGUGGGUGAUUUUCAACGAGUUCGUGUUGACGACAAAGCCGUACAUCCGAACGGUUACCGAGGUGCGGCCGGAGUGGCUGUUAGAGUACGCGCCGAACUACUUCGAUCUGUCAACUUUCCCGGAAGGCGAGACGAAGCGGGCGCUGCAGCGCGUUCUGAAGAAGCGCUCACUCAAGGCCGUUGACGGCAACGGGACCGGCAGUCCGUCCAAUCGCAGCAAUAGUCCCGCUGGCUCGGAGCCCGCAAAGAAGAAGUCGAAGAAGCAGUAGUGUUUUGGAGCUCAACGUCCCACGGGUCGCUGACGUCCAACGGAAGGGUGGCGAGCGCGGGACUGCCGCAUGCGUGGCUUCUGUUCAGUUCUGGUGUGCUGUAGUAGUGUACUUAUGCUUUGCGUUCUUCUCCUAUUGGUGCAGCUGUAAUCAUGUUUGGGUCGAUGAACGUUCCCGAGGUUGGGUCUUCGGGUGUCAGGCAGGAAGCGCGGGCCAGUCACUAGGCAUUGCAACUGCUACUCACGACCACGCUUGGCGGAUAAUGCAGUAGCAUAUAGGUUCUUCCAGGCUCUCGUGCAUGGUCUGCGGCUUUUCUCUCGGAUUCUUCGUGUGCAUAUGGACACCGAGGGGCGGGAUAGAGGAUGUAUCACGCUUCACCGAGCUACGACGCAAAGUCCGCCAGGUUGCCAUUCGUCGGAGGCUCGGGAAACUUACGUCGCCGCGCAUGUGCGUCCAUACACGUGCUGGUCGGAUCCACCAUUCAAUGAUCUAAGUGUACCAAUCGGAUCGCGAGCAAUCUCUGGUCUGCGCAGUCUGAAGCGACGUUGCCCCGCAGCAAAGCUCCAGUGUAGUGGCUCGGUUGAGGAACUAGAUCCUGGAAUCGACUUCGUGGCGUUGAACGUUGAACAUUGCCGACGAGGACUCUUCACCUUGGCUCAUCGAUUUUUCCUUGCUUCCCUGCCCAUCCUUGUCAACUC